AUGUUUUCAGCUAAGGUAAUGUUUGUUGGCUGUAUUCGUGUUGUGACUGAAAUCAUGCGAGGUGAUGGCACCAUUGCUGGAUGCUUUUCAGUUUUCGGUGGAUAUUUGAUCCACUUCACUUACGGUUAUUUGUAUUCUUUGACAAAUAUGGUACCAUACAUCAUGGGAUAUCUAAUAACUUUCAUUAACCCACAUCUCUGCGUCCAAACAUCCGUUUGGUUUUCUGCAGUUUCUUUUGCUGUUUACGGCAUCUUUAUGCCACUUGGUGGAUUUCUGUCGCGUAAAAUUGGUUACCGACCGGUAAUAGCUCUCAGUUGUUUGUUUCUCAGUGGUGGUGUCCUAUUAUCUUACUUUACGAUACAAAAGAUGUACGUUGGAGUUAUUUUGACCUAUUCUUUCCUGUUUGGUACAGGUGUUGGAUUAGGAUUUUCAGUAACUUUGGCCGUUGCUGCAACAUGGUUUCCUGAACAUAGAGGCCUUGUGGUUGGACUAGUGGUUAGUGGAUAUGGUAUGGGAUCAUUGGUGUUCAGUCCUAUCCAAACAUUUUUGAUAAACCCAAACAAUGUCCCAGUUAACAAUGUGACAAGACAAUUUGAUGAUCCUGAAGUACUUAACAGACUACCACAUGUAUUUCUUGUUAUUGGAAUUAUUCUAUCAGUUACUCAGAUCAUUGGUCUGAUUUUACUGCGUUCAAAGCCUAAAUCGAAUACUAAAGAUAAUAAAAUUGAAAUCUUGGAUGAAAGCGAGUCUUCAGAAUAUGAAAUAAAGGAUUACUGCAGUGGACAUAAAACCUGCGUGCCGCUUACACUUUUAACUUCUUCCUAUAAAUUAUUUGGUCAGUCGUUUAUCAGUGAUGAUAAGUACCUAUCAAUUAUAGUUACAAUGACUGCAGUUUUCAAUGCCGGUGGCCGUAUUAUUUGGGGAUCAAUUGUGGAUCGAUUUUCAUACAAGUCUGACGGAUGGAUUGACGGCGAAAAUGCUUUAUUCAGUGUAUCAACAGUGGCUCCAGCAGCCAUAGGGUCGAUGUUCGGAUGCACAAACAUGGCUAUUAACUACGGGAUAAUUGCAUGUGCACGAGCUAUAGGAUGUCCUUUGUGUGCCUUUGUCCUCACAUUUAUCAGUUCAGAGAACCUAUACAUUGUCCAGUUUACUAUAUGUGGAUCCGCAAGCCUAGUAGCUUUUCUUCUAGCCUUAUGGAUUGACGAUCACAAAAUAUCGAGGAAUUUAAAUUGUUGCUCAUUUUGCUCUAGGACAUGCAGUCAUUUGCGUAUCCAAAGAAAAUAUUGA